CCAACGAGCCGACAACAUCGCAUAUAGAAAUGGACUUACUCUCUAGGUCAGGGACGGAAACGCGGCGGUCAAAAUCUCCGUCCCCAUCACCGUACUCACCAUCCCCCCAUCUUUUUGUACGGGGUGUCUCGUUUUCGCCGCGACUCUCGAACUUUAGCAUAAGAUCGUCUUUCGGUAUAAAAUGAUGGCAUUGUCGUUGAAUAAUCGCAUUCCUCCCGAGCAACAAACAUCGCCGUUUAGGCGGAAGUCGUAUGCAUUAUGGCUUCCCAAAAUUUUGUUGCUCUGUUGUUUCUAUGUUGCGUAGCUUUAGCUGCAGGAACUUUUGGCGGAAAAGAACAUGUACAUAUUAAAGUUCACGUGCCGGCCCCGACUCAAGAAAAGAAAAUCAUUAAAGAGGUUGUAGUACACGACCACGGCGGAGGCGGAGGCGGUUACGGAGGCGGAGGUGGUUAUGGAGGCGGUGGUGGAAGUUUCGAUGAUCACCACGGCGGUGGAGGAGGUGGAUUCGGAGGCGGAUUCGGUGGUGGAUUUGGCGGCGGAGGACACAGCGACCACGGUGGUGGCGGCGGCUACGGCGGCGGCGGAGGUUUUGGAGGUGGUUUUGACGAUCAUCACGGAGGAGGUGGUGGUGGAUAUGGCGGCGGAGGCGGCGGAGGUUUUGGAGGUGGUUUAGACGACCAUCACGGAGGAGGCGGUGGAGGAUAUGGCGGCGGAGGCGGCGGAGGUUUUGGAGGUGGUUAUGAUGACCACCACGGCGGAGGAGGCGGCGGCGGCGGUUAUGGCGGAGGUGGAGGCCACGGUGGUGGAGGUGGUGUUUCGCACACGAUUAUAAUAAAAGAUAAUGGAGGCGGUGGAGGCCACCAUGGCGGUGGAGGUGGCUACGGAGGCGGCGGUGGAUUCGGCGGCGGAUUCGGAGGUGGACACGAUCACCAUCACGGCGGUGGUGGCGGAGGCGGCUACGGAGGAGGCGGUGGUUUUGGAGGCGGGUUCGGAGGUGGCGGAGGACAUGGAGGAGGAAGCGUAGUGAAAAUCAUUAAACUGCAUGGAGGUGACCCAUUGCCCAGUGGGGGAGGCGGUGGUUACGGUGGUGGUGGAGGACACGGAGGCGGUGGAGGAUAUGGGGGAGGAGGUGGAUAUGGAGGAGGCGGUGGAUAUGGAGGCGGCCAUGAUGACCACCACGGAGGAGGCGGAGGCGGAGGUGGAGGUUACGGAGGUGGAGGUGGAUUUGACGACCACCACGGUGGAGGAGGUUAUGGAGGAGGAGGUGGUGGAGGAUUUGGAGGAGGCAGUUUCGACGAUCACCAUGGCGGCGGCGGCGGCGGAGGUGGAUACGGAGGAGGCGGUGGUUAUGGAGGCGGAGGAGGAUUUGGUGGAGGACACCAUGAUCAUCACGGUGGUGGUGGGGGAGGCUACGGAGGAGGAGGAGGAGGAGGUUACGGAGGAGGCGGCGGUUAUGGAGGUGGCGGAGGAUACGGAGGUGGCGGAGGAUAUGGAGGAGGCGGCGGCCAUGGAGGCGGUUGGGAUCGAAAGUAAUCACAAAUUCAAAGUAUAUGUUAUAAGUGUGUGCCUCAUUAGUCGUAAUUUAAUGUUUGUGAA